AUGUUCCUUCUUCUGCUGCUUCUUACUGGACUUGGUGGGAUGCACGCAGCCCUCAAUGCUCAUAAAAUCUUCCUGCAGACCACAGUUCCAGAGAAGAUUUCAUCAUUGGAUACAAAAACAGAUCCAGAACAUAAUGUGGUUUACAUGAUUACAAUAAAAGGAAAGCCACAUUUUGUCCAUCUCAAAAAGCAAUCACUUUUAUCUUCAGCUUCUCUUAUUCAUUCUUAUGACAAAAAUGACAUCCAACAUUCUAAACCUCUGCUAGUUCAGAUGAAUUGCAAUUAUAAUGGAUAUGUUGCGGGUAUUCCUAAUUCUCUUGUGGCUCUCAACACAUGUUCAGGACUCAGGGGAACAAUACAGUUGAGAAACAUCUCAUAUGGAAUUGAACCAAUGGAGGCUGUAUCAGGAUUUAUACACAGGAUUUAUGAAGAAAAGUAUGAUAAUACUAAUAUUCUUUUACAAGAAAAUGACACUUAUUCUUGGUUGAGUUCAGAGUAUCAAGUCAGAAAAAGUCCAGAAAAAAUGGACUUUAUUAAGUUAUUCCCUCGAUAUCUUGAAAUGUAUAUUGUUGUGGACAAAAAUAUGUUUGAUUACAUGGGUUCUGAUAUAAACGCUGUGACACAGAAGGUUAUUCAGAUAAUUGGUCUUGUUAACACUAUGCUUACCCAGUUACAACUGAAUGUUAUUAUAUCUUCCAUUGAAAUCUGGUCAAAUAAAAACAAAAUUGAUACUACAGGGCAUGCUGAAAAUGUAUUAGUACAAUUUAUUGAAUGGAAAAAGGACCAUCUUAACUUUAAACCACAUCAAAUUCCAUACUUAUUUGUCUUCAAGAAAAUUUCCACCUUCAUAGGAGCCACAUUUCCUGGACAAGUAUGUAGUAAGGAUUAUGCUGCUGCAGUUGCUCUGUAUUCAGAAGGUUUAACCUUGGAGUCAUAUACUGUCAUUAUUGUGCAAUUGCUUGGCCUUAAUCUGGGAUUAACUUAUGACAAGACUGACACCUGCCAUUGUUCAGGAGAUGUUUGCACAAUGACACCAAAAGCAGUGCACUCUGGCGGUGUAAAGGAUUUUAGCAUCUGUAGCUUGGAUGACUUUAAAUAUAUUUCUUCACAUAGUGACCUUACAUGUCUUGAGAAAGACCAUCUUGAAAUGCCAACCUACACAUCAAUAAAAAUAUGUGGCAAUGGAGUGGUGGAAGGAGAUGAGGAAUGUGAUUGUGGCACUAAACAGAACUGUACACAUAAAUUAUGCUGUGACCCUACAUCAUGUAGAAUGAAACGUAAUGUGCAAUGUGGUUCCGGAGAGUGCUGUUCACAAGAAUGCAAGUUCAAACCAGUUGAUACAAUUUGUAGGAAAUCAGUUGAUAAGGAAUGCGAUUUCACUGAAUUUUGCAAUGGUAACCUUUCACAAUGUAUGCCUGACACUUAUGUACGCGAUGGAGAAUAUUGUGAUUCGGGUGCAGCCUUCUGUUUUAAAGGAAGGUGUCGGAGUUUUGACAAACAGUGUGAUGAUUUAUUCGGAAAAGGUGCAAGUGGUGCUCCGAUUUUCUGUUUUGAUGAAAUAAAUACCAGAGGAGACAACUUUGGAAACUGUGGCAGACAAUAUUGUUUUUUUCAACAUAUUCUAUGUGGAAAAUUAGUCUGUGCAUGGGAACACAGAGAUUUAAUAUCACGUCCAAAUUUAUCUGUGAUUUAUGCACAUGUACGAGACCAAACAUGUGUGUCUGCAGUUCUACCCAGGACAAAGCCAGUUCCAGAAAAGCCACCUAGUUCAACCACAAUGUAUUAUUUUACUGAAGACAGAGAUGAAACAUUUGUACAAGAUGGUUCCAUGUGUGGUCCUGAUAUGUACUGUUUCGAAAUGGAUUGUAAGCAUGUUAGAUUCCUGAUGGAUUUUAAUUUGUGUAAUUUUUCUGCUGAUUGCAAUCGUCAUGGAGUUUGCAAUAAUUUUAACCAUUGCCAUUGUGCAGAGGGGUUUAAUCCUCCUCACUGCAAACCAAAAAAAGGAGCGUUUGGAAGUAUUGAUGAUGGUCACUUAGUCCUACAAGAGAAAAGCUAUAUGGAGGAGGAAAGACAUGCCACUUUCCCGAAACAACGGUUCCAACUCAUUUUCUACAUCUCUCUACCUGUGCUUAUUAUUACUACUGCCGUUUUAAUAAAACGGAAAAAAUUGAGAGAGCUAUGCUACAGAGGGGAAACUGAAAGUGAGAGCUCUGUGUCAGAAGAAAGCAGCAGCGGCAGCAGCAGCAAGUUAUCCCUCAGUGAAAGCACCAGUCUCUAACAACCUUGAAUGCUAAUGCUUGGAGAGAGGAGAGUAACAUAUACAUUAUCAGAAGCUGACCUGAACCAAGAAGGAAAAAAACACAAUUUCUCUCCCACUG